AUGGACAUGGCCCGCCUGUCAGUGAGUUUAAUUGACCUAUCGACCACACGCCGCCGCCGCCGCCGCUCGAAGCCAUUCGGCAGCCACUGCGGCGGUUCACUGGGGCCAGGAGGCGACCUCGACAUGUUCGUCAGGGUGCUCAGCCUCGACGCCGCCCGGGCCGCCACCACGGAAGAGGACAUGGACGUCGACGGCGCCCCGGCACCCGGUGCUCGCCACCAGCAGGAGGGGAGCAGCUGCAGCUGUGGAUGCGCGGGCACCGUCGCGCCCCUCCUCGCCUCGCCUGGCGCUAAAAGGAAGAGCGCUUGUGGCGGCGGCGGCUCGGGUUCGACUCCGGCUCGACGUUCGCGCGGCGAGGUCGACGUGGUGCAGCCGCAGAAGCGGCGGCACCUGGCGUGGAUGCGGUCGCACCAGGGGCUCCCGUCUGGCUCCGGCAGGGUCUCCUCCGCACCUCGUGAACCGCCGCCGGCGGUGUUGUCCCGCUCGCGUCACAGACGUACGGUGGCAUUGGCGAUGUCUAGGAUUCGACGCCGCAUCGGGAAGCCGCCGCCGACGAGCCACCGGCGGGAGCCCAGCCUCGGACGGCAGUUCUCGCGGAUUACGCUGUAG